AAUUCCAACAAGACCCGCAGAUCUGUGAGAGCGGAAGUGACCUGCCUUAUGAUCACGUGCUGUAUGUAGAGCGGAAGCCUCCAAUCAGCGUACAGUUGUAUCGCUGCGGCUAACAUCGACCCCGGGAGAUCCUUGAGUUUCCCAACAUGAGUAGCUCAGAGGAAGUGUCGUGGAUUUCUUGGUUUUGUGGUCUACGGGGAAACGAGUUCUUCUGUGAGGUAGAUGAGGACUACAUUCAGGACAAGUUUAAUCUUACGGGGCUCAAUGAGCAAGUUCCCCAUUACAGACAAGCCCUUGACAUGAUCCUGGAUCUAGAACCUGAUGAGGAGCUGGAGGACAACCCUAACCAGAGUGACCUGAUUGAGCAGGCUGCUGAGAUGCUGUAUGGACUGAUCCAUGCGCGCUAUAUCCUCACUAACCGUGGCAUUGCCCAGAUGCUGGAGAAGUACCAGCAGGGAGAUUUUGGCUAUUGUCCUCGUGUUUACUGUGAGAAUCAGCCAAUGCUGCCCAUUGGACUCUCUGACAUUCCUGGCGAGGCAAUGGUGAAGCUCUACUGCCCUAAGUGUAUGGAUGUGUACACACCCAAGUCGUCCAGACACCAUCACACUGAUGGAGCCUAUUUUGGCACUGGUUUCCCUCACAUGCUCUUCAUGGUGCAUCCCGAGUACCGGCCAAAGAGGCCAGCCAACCAGUUUGUGCCCAGGCUCUAUGGUUUCAAGAUUCACCCGAUGGCUUACCAGCUACAGCUGCAGGCAGCCUCCAGCUUCAAGAGUCCCGUCAAAGCGAUCCGCUAAGAACCUGAGCAGGGCGGGAUGGGGUGGGAUCGGGUGGGGUGGGUUGUGUGUCUGUCGCCAUGGCCUCACUCUUCUCCAACAAUUUUAGAUUCGACCAAGACUAAGGUUUAAAUACGGAGAGAGUGAGACUAUAAAACACUCUAGGGAGAAACAAAAACCUUACCUCUGAAACACUGUACAGAAAAUGGGGUGUUCUUUGUGAAAACAAUUUCAGUUCUUAACCUCCUUAUAGAAAAUAAAGUUAUAAUUAAAGAUAGAUACCUGUAGGAUGGCUCUGCUCACUCUGGUCCUGUUUUUUUAGUUCCUUAAGGUUAAGUAACGUUCACAUGCAAGAGCGUCAUGAAUUGACUUGUCUUAUUAGUUCAUGAUGUGAUGUAUUGUUGAAUAUAACAGUAGGGUUGAUCGAUCGUUAAAACCACAGAUAUAUCGUCGUUCAAUCCCCUCCUCCGUGCAACCAGAUAUUUGGCUUACUUUAAAGCGGCUGUUGCAUGAAAAAGGCAGUAUAUUUUGGAUUUGUUUUAAGCUCAGAGUAAUAUAGCUGGGAUCGUCUGUGACUGUUCUUUGUUGACAGACUGCAAGCUUUCAGUGCAUGUAUUAGAAAAGACCAGAAAUGGGAAGACAAAAAUGCAAUCAGGAAACUGUCUCUGUCUUAAAUAGACAAGUGUUUUGUUUUAAUCAUCAGUCCUGCACUCCUUGUCAGAACAACGCCAACCUGCUAAGUUCCUCCGGUGUCAAGAUUACUUCAGAGAGAGUUUACUAGAAUUACCACUGAACCACAAUUAAGACGUUUUUUAUGUUUGGUAUGGGCCCAGGUUUUUCUUCUCUGGUUUAAAGUAUUUCUUCUGGUAGAGAGGCGUAAAGAGUAGAAUAUAUAAAUCAGUUUGAAUGCAUUUGAUGUUUCGUUUAAUUUUUUUUGUUGAUCCUGUUGAAUUUUUUUUUUUUUUUCUUUCUCCUUUACAGCUGUUGAGGAACCAGGGUUCAGAAUUCACAAUAAAUGUCUUUUCCUAAA